UUAACACCUCGUUCUUGGCAAAUCAAAUGAAAGGUCAGAUAAAUCAAUGGAUUGUGUACAGAUAGACAGGCAGUCAAUCAGGCAGCGAGCGCUAGUAGAGUGUGCGGGGAAAUCGUUCCAGGUAUUACCGCAACUUACAGGCAGACGUAGUGUUUGACAGUCGAGCGAGAACGACGGAACAACGGCAGUACUGUUACAUCGGAGACUGGUCGAUAUUGGCUACAAUCGGCCUCAGCUGUAUCUACCAACAAGCUAAUGUAAACAACGUACACACAUCUACCCGAGCGACAAAAUGACGAAAUUGUUCUAGUUGGCUGAAAACAAAAGUGUGACGAUCAAUUUUCCAGGUUCAGAGGAAUAGACAGUAAAGUUUGGCCUACAUUUAGAUCGGUAUUAAUAUUGUCAGGAUGAAUCUUCGAAAAACGAAGUUAUUCAAGACAAUAAACACAGGUAACCCCAAACAGGUGAUGGGGGCUCUGUGGGAAUACCUGAAGACAGGUAAAGAUGUGAACCUGAGGGAUGAGGAGACUGGAGGGAACCUUCUUCACCUGUUAGUGGACCACGGCGAGAAUUUCGCGGACCCCGAGACGGUCCAGGCCAUUUAUAUGCUGGUGUGUAAGGAUAUCGAAAUUGACGCCCAAGACAAGGACGGGGAAACGGGUCUCCAUAAAGUGAUGAGGAAACCGGGGACCUACCGCAUCAUGAUGGCCCUGAUCAGAUGCGGUGCCGACACCAGGAUUGUUAACAAUGACGGCAAAACGGCAGAAGAUAUCCUUAUAACGGAGAAACCCGAGGGCUGGGAGGAGAUGUACCACUGGUAUAAAAAGUUUAAGCCAGGUUUAUGGGCUGCACUGAGUGAAGAAAAUCCAGACCGGAAGGUGGUACAGCGCCUGCUCAGACAGUGGUGUCGCCUGACGUGCGUCAAAAAUGGAAAAGUUGUCAACAUCAAAUCCCUCGUAAAGGACGAUAUACACAAAGUGGACUUACUGCGCAUGAUCGAAGAAUUUGAAAAUCAGAACGAGAUGUGUCUAGCUCUAAAUGCUGGAUUUGGAUUCAUUGUAAAAAGUUGGGUGAAGCAAGGAAUCGAACUCUUGAAGGAUGUCGAUUCGAACGCGAUGGACUACUCUUACCAGCACAAAUACCCAGAAUUCCCGGAAGUGCCUCGCCCUAUCCUGGCGGCGGCGUGGGAGUCCAACAAUUAUGACGCGGUGGACGUCCUCCUGGAGAUGGAGCCCGACACCCGCGUCCUGUGGACGGACGACGCCGAGUCAAAGAACCCGCCCAAACCACUGUUUUUCCAAAUUAUCUGCGGUGUGACGGCGCCUCGGGAUGAGAAGAUAGUCCACCGAGUCCUGAAGGGGGCGGACUUGACCGCACGGGACCGGGAAGGCCACACCAUCCUCCACAAGAUCGUCCUGCACGAUCGGCCAGAGAACGCUGCAGAAAACACGCUCCGAGUCGCCAUGUCUUACGGUGCCGACCUAUCAGCACGUGACUGUAAUGGCCGCACACCACGUGACCUCGCGAAGAAACUUCAGAAGGAACAUUAUUGCAAGUGCAUUGAUGAGUACAUAAUCAAACUAGUCAAGGACCGUAAAUUUGAGGACAUUGAGAAGCUUAUAUUACACAACUACGACCAUCUGUUAGACAUCACGGAUAGUGGGAAUCGGACCCUAGUGGACAUAGCCAAGAAAUACGGCACCCGUCAGAUCCACGAGGUGGUCAAACUAACGGCGGCCAUUCAGGCGUACGUGAAGAGGGUGUUCCAGGCAGUGGAUGAUGGGUCCCUAGAGGAUCUGAAGAAGCUGCUCAGUUGUAAGCGGUACGCAAACGUGAGGGACAGGUGCGGCCGCAGCCUGCUACACCGGGCCAUUCUCAAAAAACACAAGCCACUUAUCAGCUUCCUCCUGGAUGAGUGCGCAGGUCACGUAACUUUGGGAGACACGUUGGACCGAACACCUCUACACUACGGAUACCUGUUUAUUCCGGAAGAGAAAGCCAUCAUCAAAAAGAUGAUUGACAAAGGGGCUCUAGUCAAGAGAAGAGACGCUUUCGGGAGGCUGGCGGAGGAUCUGACCGUUGAGAAGUGUGGCAGUCAGGAACACAGAAAGGUCCAGAAAGAAAUCGAAGAUUUUGAUCUCAACAUUUACCUGUGUGACAGCGAUUUUGAACAAACAUUUAAAAAGGCAAUACAAGACGGGGACGUGGAGACCGUCAAGAGUCUUACAUCCGGGCUCCAGGCGUUCGGUGACGUGUCUCGGUACAGCUCCACCCUGUUUGACUGUGUGGACCACAAACAGACAGAGAUCGCCAAGUACCUCAUCACCAACGGCUUCAAAACGGACAUUUAUAAGCAGUACCAAAAAUGUGAUCCUAGCGACCCCAUGUGCGCGAUGAUGGAAUGUGGGCAUUCUAUGACGUCACUGAAGGAACGGGCAAUGGACAAGAAGUGUGACGAAAUUGUCAAACUGAUUGAACAAGUUUCCCUUGGAAAGAUUAAGGUCCAGAAUACACAACAGAACGGUUUAUCGAUGUAUGGUGUCUAACUUCUCGCCAGCCCGUUCGAAGUACGAUACGCAAACUCUCCUUUGUACAUAUCCAUUCUAUUCAAUCCACCGCAUUCUCCAUAUAGCAUUUUCCGCCCUAACAUUAUAACAUACAACAUAUAUAGAAAGCGUUGCCAAAGCGACCGACAUCUGUCGACUCGUCAUUUCCGGCGAUCACGUGGGUUCUCCAGCUAGCACCUGUUUUGUAGACGUCCGUUUCUGGUCCCUUUCCGCCUUUGACUUUAGUUUAUGUUAUUGCAGGGUAAAAGUAGUCCACGGCGUGUUCAUAACACAGAUCAGUCUGACACGUGAUUGUUUCUAUUCUUAUAAACAAUAAAAUGCCGAUAAAUAUGUGCCAGAAAAUUUGUUCAUUUAUGCAGCAUCAAAGGGAGAUAAGUAGAAAAAUAACUUGGAAUUUCAAAAUAACAUGAUGGAAAAGAUGUUAUUUCACUUGGUCACGUCGCCUAGUGUUCAUAUGCACGAGAAUUGUUAUUUCUGUAGUACUUUAUUAAGUUUGUUUAAUGAGCGAUGUCCACAAUGAAUUUGAUGUAGUUUUAUUAUUACUUUUAUUUGCAUGAUUCUAUUUUAUGGACAGCGUCUUGUGAAUUAUAAUUUUUUAUUGUGUCGCAUCAGUAAUAAAAAAUGAAAACACUAAGAUUUACUAUCUAGUUGUAGUAAUUAUGAUUGAAAAAAGUUUUUUCUAUGUAAAGAAUUCUUACAAGAGUUUUGUAAUUUCUCUGACUAAAUGUAAAACAAGUUAAAAGCAAUGCUUUAAACAGUGGAGCUGGAUCUGUUGAACAGGUGGCGGCAGUGUGUGUAGUUUUAGUUUCGGUUUAUGUCUACUUUCAUUUUGGCGGACGUUACGUGUACAGUAGACCUCAGCAUUUGAUUUGACGCGACAUUAAGUUUAAUUAUUUGUUACUUUUGUUUUGAUUAUGUCGUUACUUAUUGUUCACAUUCCAAAGACGUAUUGUGUAUAUCUAUCUGCUGUUCUAUGUAUAUUGAUAUUUUUAAAAGAUUUAUGUUUAUAGGCAAAAACAGUUAAGUGUAUUUAUCAUCAUUUUAAUCAUAAAAGAUGUGUUUUUUGCAAUUUGUGCUGUAUAAUGCAUUAGAUAAAAUUUUGCCCAUUUGUCAAAAUGACGUAUUGGUAUGUUGUAUUGUUUAGUAAUAAAUAUUGCAGACUA